UCUGGGGCUGCCGGGGACAAGGGGCGGUGACCUCGGUGCGCGCCCGGCGUCCCCGGCUCCCGGCCCGCUCCCCGGCCCCCCGGCCCGCGCCCCGGCCGCCGGCAUGGUGCUGCUGGCCGGGCCCGGGCCGGAGGGCGGCGGGGCGCGCCGCGUGUCCCCAGAGCCACCGUCCCCACCCCGGGACGCGCAGGCCGGGGAGGACCCAGCUGACUACGAGGAGUACGAGGACUUCUCAAGUCUGCCCGACACCCGCAGCAUCGCCUCGGACGACUCCUUCUACCCUUACGGAGACGAGGAGGAGUACAGCUCGGUGAGCGCGGAGAGCGCUUCGGAGGGCGUUCCGGAGGGCGUCCCGGAGGCGGCGACCCUCCUGCGCGCCGCCUGCGCCAACGACGUGGGGCUGCUGAGGGCGCUGGUGCGGCGGGGGCCCAGCGCCGAGGAGGUGCAGGAGACCGAUCGCAACGGCCGGACCGGCCUCAUUGUCGCCUGCUACCACGGCUUUGUGGAUACUGUGGUGGUCUUAGCAGAGUGUCCCCACGUUGACGUCAACUGGCAGGACAGCGAAGGGAACACGGCCCUCAUCACGGCGGCCCAGGCAGGGCACAUCACCAUCACCAACUACUUGUUGAACUAUUUUCCCGGUCUCGACCUUGAAAGGAGGAACGCGUUCGGGUUCACGGCCCUCAUGAAAGCUGCCAUGCAGGGCCGGACGGAGUGCAUCCGAGCCCUGAUGCUAGCAGGGGCGGAUGUCCACGCCAGGGACUCCCGCCGGGGAAUGUCCUCCCAGGAGUGGGCUGCCUACACUGGACGGUUUGAAGCGGUUCGGGUCAUCCAGAGGCUACUGGAGCGACCCUGCCCCGAGCAGUUUGGGGAAAAGUACAAGCCAGAGCUGCCAUUGGGCCCGGAAGCGGGUCAGAAGCCCACGGGCUCCAAGAGCUGCCUGCAGAAGCUCACGGAUUUUGUCCGGUCCACACUGACCUCCCGCUCGCGCCAAGGCCUGGAGGACGGGGGAGCCCUGGACCACAUGGUCAAGAUGACCACGAGCCUCUACAGCCCCGCCGUGGCCAUCGUCUGCCAGACCGUGUGCCCCGAGAGCCCCCCCUGUGUGGGCAAAAGGCGGCUGGCGGUGCAGGAAAUCCUGGGGUCGCGCGGGGACCCGGACACGCAAGCCCAGGAGAGGGGCAAGGGGGAGAGCCCCGAGCCGCAAUCCCAGACCUCCCAGGCCGUGGGGGUCUCCAAAGAGGAGGCCCCCCGAGCCGGCCUCGCAUCUUCGCAGCCGCCGGCCGCCCCCCGGAGGGCCAGCCUCCUGCCCCUGCAGCUGCUGCGGCGGAGCAGCGUGCGACCCGGCGUGGCCAUCCCCAAGGUGCGCGUGAGCAAGGCGCCCGCGCCCACCUUCCAGCCCGAGCGGGCGGCCCGGGGCAGCACCAAGGACAGCAGCCACCUGCAGCUGCCCAAGUGGCGGUACAAGGAGGCCAAGGAGGAGAAGCGGAAGGCGGAGGAGGCGGAGAAGCAGCGGCUGGCCGCGGCGCAGAAGGAAAAGCGGACGUCGUCCUGGAGGAAAAGGACGUGAGGCGGGGUGUGUCCGGCGCGCGGGGGUGAGGCCGCACGCAGAGCCCGCCCGCAGAGCCCGCCGGCCGGGGAUGCGAAGCUGCCCUGAGCCCCGGGGGAGGCGGCGGGGACGCUGGGUGCGGUCCUUCCUGCAAGUGUGCGCCCGCCCCCGCCCUUGCCCUUUACGCACAGCACAGCCCGGGCGCAAGGCUCCCUCCGGGGCCCAGAAAACGUUUCUGUUUGUUCAGGCUGCACCCAAGAGUGAACUGGGCCGAGCCCUAAUUGAAUCGCCUAAAACCAGUUAACCCAGCAGUCAGUCCUCGUAGUGGGCAUUCUACCUAAAACUCGACCACUGAGCCACCAGGAAAGCCCCCGUUAGAACCUCAGUGAAGAAAUAUUUAAGACCAGUUUAUCCAAAGGACAUUUUCUGUAUAGUUUUGUAUUUUUCAGUUAUGAUCCAGCUUACAGCACUUGACCAGUGAUAGGGCUCUUUGUAAAUAUUUAUGACGGUCUUAAUGCAUUUGUCUGAAGACCCUUUGUUUAAAAUACGGUUUCUAGCAAUAAUUAUUUGUGAUAUGUCUAUGAUUUCAUAUAGAAUUUGUGGCAUUCUCCUCAUGUGGGCCCCCUUUUGCUUUUUUUUUUUUUUAUUGGAGGCUUUGCCUUUCCAUCUCCUUGGGGGUGCUCAUAAGCACCACACGUCCUUAAUUGGAUUAAGUGAUGUUGAAGAUUUCUAUUGGAUAAACGCAUUUGCUGCUUUACCACAAAAUGAUCAAGUAAGACAGAGGAGUCAAAUUUCCUUUAAUUUCUGAAGCUCUCUUGUCCAUCCAGUGGUAAAAAUGAAGAAAACCAAUUGUCAAAGUAUGAGACUGUAUAGAGGAGUGUGUAUUUAUUGCUAGAACUAAGCUCAUUUUAAGCAAGGGGUUUUAGAUAAUCUGCAUAUAAAGUCUUGAACAUACUCAAAAAUAGAAAAAAAAGAUGUUUAAGAAAAUGGGGGCAACUCUAAUAAAUUAUUACUAGAAAUACAAAAUUAAGUUAUGUGCUCUUAGACAAUUGAAUGCAAAUAUCCUUAAGAUGUAAAAAGAGAUGCUAAAAGCGUAGAGUUCUGCAAACUACUGACAUGGGUGGGCCAUACAUUUUUUGAGAAAUAGGGAUUAGAGCUGAAUAUUAAGCAAACAUAUUUUUGGCAAAUUCUCCUGGAGUGAGCUGGGUUGCUUCCUCCCCUUGACUCAAUUCCAAGAGAUCCCUGGUGUGGAAUUUUAUUUUUCCUUUGAUGAUGGCCCCUUGUGUUCAGUUCAUCCUCAUGCAGACUUUGUAGACUUUCCAAGAUUCGGGAACUUUGGCAGCGCACAGGUGUGGUUUGCCUGAGCUCUCUAUGGGAAUUUUCUGCCCAUAGUUUUAUCUCCAAAAAGCUGAGAAAUACUAAUGAAUGUCUGGCUAUCUGGGUUGCAGAGUAUCUCUCAUAUAUGCACUACCAACAGCACUUUAUUUAAAUAUUAUCCUGUGUAUAAGCCAUCAAUUUAAACCAUUACAGACCAAUGGAAAGCUGUUUAUUCUGUCUCUGGAUUCACAGGGGAAAUCGUGCUCCCUGGCCACGUGGCGACAAGUGCCCAUCCAUCUCAUGAUGUGGGCGGCAUGGCACUGGCCUCUCCCUCCUCUUUCCCCCCGCCCCCCA